GACAAGAUAAAAAAAAGAAAACAGGAGAUACAUGCUUCAUUUUAUAAACUAUUAGACAAUGGUAUUGAUGAUGGAAAAUCGGUUCAUGAUCAAAAAAGAAAACAAACCAACAAAAAUCUGACUAGUAACACCAAUAAGGAGAACAAGGAUAUCUGUAUUGAGGAUGUGGAUAAUAAUGAAAAUGAA